AUGUCGCAUCGUGGUCCAUCCGGGUACGGCCUAAGCGGUGGCGGUCCUGCUCCGUAUGGCCCUGUGCCGUCGGAACAGUCUGGCAGCAUGCUCGAUCAGGUUCGGGCCUACACGAGCAAGUUUGAGGAUAAACUGGACAGCCUCAGCGAGCCCAUCAAACCCCAUCUCCCCGCCAUUGGCCGAUUCUUGAUUGUCGUUACCUUCCUGGAAGACGCUCUUCGCAUCAUGACGCAAUGGAGCGACCAGCUCGUAUAUCUCCGUGACUACCGACACAUUCCCGGCGGCAUCACGCACCUGUUUCUGAUGGUCAACGUCAUUGCCAUGAUCUCUUGCUCCGUCCUCGUCAUCAUCAGAAAGCAUUCGGACCAUGCCGUCGCCGGCCUCAUGGGUGUCGUCGUCACCCAAGCCCUUGGCUAUGGUCUCAUCUUUGACCUAAAUUUCUUCCUUCGAAAUCUGUCCGUCAUCGGUGGCCUGCUCAUGGUCCUGUCCGACUCGUGGGUUCGCAAAUCGAAGGCGUUUGCGGGACUGCCCCAGAUCGACGAAAAGGACCGAAAGAUGUAUUUCCAGCUGGCCGGCCGUGUUCUCCUCAUCUUCCUCUUUAUUGGAUUCGUCUUCAGCGGCCGGUGGUCCAUCUGGCGCGUCAUCGUCUCUCUCUUGGGUGCUGGUGCCUGCGUCAUGGUCGUCGUAGGUUUCAAGGCCAAGUUUAGCGCCACUCUUCUGGUUGUCAUUCUCAGCAUUUUCAACAUCCUGGUCAACAACUUCUGGACCCUGCACGAGCAUCAUCCCCAUAAGGACUUUGCCAAGUACGAUUUCUUCCAGAUUCUCUCCAUUGUCGGUGGACUCUUGCUCCUCGUCAACAGCGGCCCAGGCCAGUUCAGCAUCGACGAGAAGAAGAAGGUCUACUAG